AUGUUGUGGUAUCGCGGACGCUUGUGGGCGUUCCCCGCCUUGCUUGCUGUGUGCUUAGUUUUGUUGACCUGGCCUCUGUCGCGAACUGCUGAUGCGGCAAAGCUCUCCACGGAACAUACUCCAGCAGCGAGUGUAGCAGCAGCGUCGGACCCUCCUCGUCAGUCUGAUAACUAUACAACCGUGGUCCAGUGGGACAACUACACGAUAUUCCUCAAUGAUCAGCGGAUGUUCUUGCACUCGGGAGAGUUCCACCCGUUCAGGCUUCCUGUCCCUGAUCUGUGGUUGGACAUCUUCCAGAAGAUGGUUGCAGCGGGCUUGAACGCGGCUAGUCACGCUUCUGCAGAGCGGAGGAAUAUUCAUGGUUGGGCAGGGACUCUGACAAACCCUGCGCCUGGUGUACUCGACUUCAACGACUGGCGCGCGCUUCAGCCCGUCUUCGACGCGGCUAAGCUCGCGGGUAUAUUCAUUGUCUUGCGUCCAGGUCCAUAUAUUAAUGCAGAGACGACUGCGGGUGGUAUUGCGCUUUGGGCAACGAGUCUCGUAGCCGGAGAGCUACGCACAAACGCAACGGACUACAGGGACGCAUGGACGCCCUACAUUGAUGAGAUCGCUGCGAGUGUCGUCCCCAACCAAGUUUCCGAUGGAGGGCCUAUACUCGUUGUGCAAAUCGACAACGAAUAUUACCAAGACGCCUACACCGGAGAGUACUUCGUCGAGUUGGAGGAGGCAUACAGACAAGCCGGCGUCGUGAUUCCAUUGACAUACAACGACCCAGGUGAAGGAAAGAACUUCGUGAACGGCACGGGCGCUGUGAACAUCUAUGGCCUGGACUCCUACCCCCAAGGCUUUGACUGCUCCACUCCAGAGGUCUGGAGCCCAGUUGUCACUAACUAUCACCAGUAUCACGAGGAGACAGACCCCGCCGAGCCGUGGUACAUGCCAGAAUUCCAAGGCGGAUCGUUCGAUCCAUGGGGCGGAUCUGGCUACGAUGCGUGUGAAAUCCUCACUGGCGCCGACUUCCAAGAUGUCUUCAACAAGCAGAACUGGGCCUCAAACGUGAAGCUGAUCUCGUAUUAUAUGGUCUAUGGAGGUACCAACUGGGGAGGUCUCGCGGAGCCUGGCGUCUACACCAGUUAUGACUAUGGAUCUUCUAUUCGCGAGUCGCGUCUUCUCUCGGACAAGUUCGACGAGCUGAAGCGUCAAGGCAUCUUCUUGCGGAGCUCUCCAGAGUUUUACAAGACUGACUGGGUAGGUGACACCGACACGACCAUGCCCGGUGUCACCGUCAACGGUUCUGAAGCAUACGUGACCUGGCUGCGGAAUCCGGAUACUGGCGCUGGCUUCUACAUCGUGCGCCAGGCCAACUCUAGCUCACUGGCGGACAUCACGUUCCGCAUAUCCGUCCCCACUUCGGCUGGUACGCUAUCUCUGCCGCGCACCACGGAUUCUAUUGCACUCGAUGGACGGCAGAGCAAGGUCCUUGUCACCGAUUAUACAUUUGGUACCAGCUCGUCAGUGCUCUACUCUACCGCCAGCGUCUUCUACGCAGGCACCAUCGGUGGUCGCGAUAUCCUUUUCCUCUACGGCGACUUCAAUCAGAGCCACGAGAUCGCGCUGGAGUUCACCGGUACUGGCACACAGUUCGCGAAAUCUACCGUAUCGUUCUCUACCGGCGCUGAUAUCGAUGGGUACACCACUGUGACGCUACUUCCUGGAAUCGAAGGCUUCGUGCCGCUCUAUGAAUCCGACACGCAGCUGAUCCUAUACAGCGACUCAGUGACUGCGGCGACCUUCUGGGCCCCAGUCAUCCCAGCUAGCGAAGGAACUGCCUUCCAGAGCUACUACCAGUUCGGUUCGAAUACGACCGUUCUUGUUGGAGGGCCAUACCUGGUCCGCAACGCGAGUAUCUCCGAUGGGACGCUCGCGCUUAGGGGUGAUCUUAACCAGAGCGCCCUCCUGACUAUCAUUGCGCCCGACGACGUGACAUCUGUGACGUGGAAUGGUGCUCCUGUGUCAGCGUACUCGCUCACUGACGGUAUCUUGGCGGGCUACCUGUCGACAAAUUUGACGACCAGUUCGAUAACAGUCCCUGCACUGACUGGGUGGAAAUACGCGGACAGCCUUCCUGAGGUACAGAGCAACUUCUCGGACGCGGACUGGGUAAUCGCGAACCACACGACAACGAAUAUCACUCCUGGAAUGCUCUAUGGCGAUGGUCAGGUCCUUUUUGGUGAUUGCGAGAACACUGUUCUUUGGCGCGGUCACUUCACCGGCACGGGUUCGGAGACGUCUGUGAACUUGACUGUAAACGGAGGCACAGCUUUUGCUGGAUCCGUGUGGAUCAACGAUUACUUUAUCAGCUCCACUUGGUCAGUGAGCGAAGAACAAACUACUGUGGUAUACGCCUUCCCUGAGGGAUCCGUCUUGGUGGGCCAAGAUAAUGUUGUGACAGUGGUACAGGACGGAAUGGGUAAUGACGAGAGUCCGAAUGAGAAGUCACCUCGCGGUAUCCCCGGAUUCUUGCUGAAUGGCGGCAGUUUUACGGAAUGGAAAGUCCAAGGCAAACUCGGAGGCUACACUGCCUACCCUGACAAAGUUCGUGGGAUCUUGAACGAAGGCGGUCUGUACGGUGAACGCGAUGGAUGGCACCUGCCGGGCUACGAUACAUCGAGCUGGACCGCCCGAGAACUAUCCGAAGGACUGCCAUCCAGUGGGGCGGGUAUUGGUUUCUUUGUCACAACGUUCGACCUGUCGAUACCCCAGGAAACCGACGCUUUGAUGUCGUUCCAAUUCGACACGCUAAACCAGGCUUAUCGAGCUCUAUUAUUUGUGAAUGGGUGGAGUUAUGGGAAGCGAGUCGCAAACAUCGGCCCGCAAACCAUCUUCCCUGUUCCCCAAGGAAUACUCGAUUAUGAUGGCACAAAUACUGUGGCCGUAGCCUUAUGGGCCCUGGAGAACAGCUCUGUAUCGCCCACUCUUGAGCUCGUCGUUGACAAUGUAUACGAAGGAGGUGUGGGUUCCAUUGCAACGAACAACCCCAGUUGGUCUCCACGUAGCCUAUUAUAACGCUGUUGUAACACACAGAGUUGAGGAAGGAAUAGGAAAAGCCUCGGGGUCUUAAGAUGUGGAAUCAACUUAACGUGGCAUUGUUA